AUGAAUGGAUCAUCUGUUCAAUUGAAUGAUUUACCUGAUGAACUUCUUAUGUUUAUUUUCAAACAAAUGAACAAUGUUGAAGUUCUUUAUUCUUUAUUCGGUGUCAAUGAACGAUUGAAUUCAAUUCUACAAGAUCCAAUUUUUACAAAUCGUUUGAAUUUUUUGAAAUGGUCUUCAAAGAAAUUUCUCAAUAUAUUUUCUCCUGAUAUUAUAUUUGAUCGAUUUUGUUUACAAAUUUUACCAGCAAUUCAUGAGAAAAUUCAAUGGCUUGAUAUUGAAUCAUCAUCUAUGAAACAAAUACUAUGUGCUGCUAAUUAUUCUAAUUUAUAUGGACUGGGUCUAUUCAAUAUCGAAGAAGAAACAAUUAAAAAUCUUUUCACUGAUGUAAAUCUUUCAUCUGAUCUUUUUAAAAAUCAAAUUACCAGACUUCUAAUUACAGUUGAUACUAAUCAGAAUCUGAAGCAUUAUUUAACAAUGAAAUAUAUAUGCAAUCAUAUAUUUGAUGUGUUUAAAAAGUUAACUCAUUUAAUAUUUUCUCAAUCAUCAUAUCAAAAUAUGGUUGGAUUACCAUUUAUUUAUCCACCGAUCAAUUUUUGUUCUUCAACUCUUUUGGUAUUGAAUGUUAAGAUUAAUCAUUUUGAGACAUGUUUAUGUUUUCUCGAUGGUCGUUUCAAUAAACUUCACACACUCAUUGUGGAAUCAGCUGACAUUUGCUCAUUAGGAGAAAUUGAAAAUAAAGGAGAUGUACCAAGUCUAAUGUGUUUUUCCUUAUCUUGUGUUGGGCCAAUAGACUAUUACGAUAAAUUGAUUCUUCCAUUACUAUAUCGAAUGUCAAAUUUAGAAAAACUUAAUCUAUCUCUUUCAAUUUCAGUUGAAGAAACAUUGAUUGAUGGAUAUCAUUUAAAAAAUAAAAUUCUUAAUCAUAUGUCACGAUUAAAUCAAUUUACAUUUGAUAUUCAUUCGAUGAUGAAUAUUAAUAAUGAAAUAAUUUUACCAUCAAAAGAAGAUAUUCAAAACACAUUCAAAGAUUUUCAAUAUACACAAAUAAUAUCUUAUAUGAAUCAUUUUCUAGAAAGAAAGGAAUGCCAAUGUCAUAUUUAUACAUAUCCAUCUCAAAUAUCAUAUUAUCAAUAUAUAUCAAAUCAAUUUCCAGGUGGAUAUUAUCCAUAUGUUCGUAUUGUAUCAUUAUAUGAUGAAUAUCCUUUUGAACAUGAAUUUUUUCUUCAAUUGGUUCAAUCUUUCCCAUUUAUAGAAAAAUUAGUGUUAAUUAAUCGCAAAUCACAACAACACCAACAAUCUUAUAAAUCAAUGAAUAACAGUUGUCAUUUAUCAAUCGUUGAAUAUUCUCGUCUUAUUGAACUUGACAUUGAAUAUGCUUGUGAUGAUUAUAUUGAAGAAUUUCUAUGUGAUACAAAAACAUGUUUUCGAAAGAAUAUUUCUCUUCGUAUUCUUGAUCACUCUUUAUUAAGAGUAACAGAAAAUUUUACAAGAGAAGAUACUCGAAUGAAUUGUACCAAAGUUGGUCCUCAUCCUCCAUUUAAUUCUGAUCCACAAGAUUCUCCUGGUCUUGAAAGUCAAAUGGAUCCCAAGCCCGAUUAUGAAUACUUAUCAUACAAUGGGUCAGGCAAACUUCAAGGCAAAAUAGCUAUCAUUACAGGUGAUGAUAGUGGAAUCGGACGAGCAGUUGUCUUAGCAUUUGCUCGCGAAGGUGCUACCGUUGUCAUUUCGUAUUUGAAUGAGACUGAAGAUGCUGAAGAAAUUCAAGCAGUCAUUCAGAAAGAGGGACACGAAUGUAUUUUGAUUAAGAUAAUCAAUGAAACAGUAACGAGAUUCAAACGUAUCGAUAUUCUUGUCAAUAAUGCAGCUUAUCAAGGCAAAAGUCUCAACGAGUCCAUCGAAGGUAUGAGUCAUGAUCGAGUAUUAUACACAUUCAAAACGAAUAUUAUUGCCAUGUUCGAUCUAACUCGCUUAGCCAUCCCUUAUAUGCCCAAAGGUUCAUCCAUUAUUAAUGUUGGUUCUAUUCAAGCUUACCAACCAUCGGCAGAAAUUCUUGAUUAUGCCACGACCAAAGCUGCCAUUGUUGGUUUUACAAAGGGUCUCGCUAUGAAAAUGUUGGAAAAAGGUAUUCGAGUUAACUGUGUUGCUCCUGGCCCUGUUUGGACACCACUCAUAGUUUCAAGUUUUCUAAAGAAACAAUUAACCAAUUUGAAGCGGAUGUAA